AUGAAGUGGAAACACGUCGUCAUUAUUCCUGGACGUGCAUCGCACCUACAACUACAAUGGACGGAAGAAUCCAGCGUAGAUAUAAUAUUGGUAUACUCACCAAAUGAUCUAACCGUAAAAUUAGACUUCUACAGAAGGCUAGUAACAUAUGUCAACUCCACACAACUAGUGGACCCUAUACUAAUGGGAGACUUCAACUUCGUUGAAGGAAGCUUAGACAGAACACCGCAACACAGCGAUGAUAACAGAUUGAAUACUUUGAUAAACAUCAUAAAGAAAAAAUAUGAUUUAACAGACGGAUGGCGUACAUGCAACCCAACCGACCUAGGAUUUACGUACACGCAUUCAAACAACAGCAUGUCCCGCAUAGACCGUAUCUAUGUAACAGAGGACACGUUUGAAUACACUUACAAUUGGGAAAUAACGAACAACAUUGCAAUCUCAGACCAUCAAAUGGCUAGCAUGACCAUUUUGAGAAAGCAGCUACCAUACAUAGGAAAAGGAACAUGGCGCAUGCACGCUGAUCAAAUC